UUCAUUAAAGUGCAAUCGGAUAAAAAAUAAAUACAUAGUCAAGUUGUAAGAUUUUGUUUAUUUUUAAAUGUUAAUUUGUGGUAAUUUUGUUUAUUUCAAUUUCGACUUUAAAAGCAUCAUUUUUAUAAAUUCAUCCCUUGCUAUGUGAAGUUUGACUUGGUAAUUAGUUCUCUUUCGUAAAAUCUAUAUUUUUGAUAUGGCUAACCAGCAACCACAUUUAAGCAUUGAUCUUUGGCUUGACAAGUUAGACAUGAAUGUUUAUAAGCCAAUUUUUAAGCAAUAUAAUGGUGUUGAGAAUAUUUUAUGGAUGACUGAGAGAGAUUUAAAAAAUCUUGGAAUAAAGAAUGGUAGCCAUAGGGCUAGAUUAGGCUCUUCUCUUGCCAUCCUUAAAGAGAAGUAUGACCGAGCAUCUAAGGAGAACAGGAAUAUGCUUAGUCCUAACAACCAAAGUCCACACUCUGAAAAGGCGAAAUCCAUAGCUAGUGUUUCUCCAAUGCGACAAAUUCAUUUCGAGGAAUCUGGAGUUAGGAGUUGGCCAUCAACAAGGCCUUCCACAUCACAUUCAACAAAGCAUUCUAGUCCUCGAUCUAGUAUAGAAAAUUUUGUAGGUACUGAAGCAACUGCUGAAGAACUGAAGAGAGCAUUAGAAAAGGAACUUAAUUUAGAUAGCUCUGAUUUACGAAGCUAUGCAUGGUAUCAUGGUACAAUUUUACGACAAAGAGCUGAGGAACUGGUUGUUCAAGAUGGAGAUUUUCUUGUAAGAGAUUGUAUUUCACAACCUGGUGAUUAUGUAAUUACUUGCAAGUGGAAAAAUGUACCUCUUCAUUUUAUUAUUAAAAAGGUUAUAUUGAAUCCUGACACAGUUUACGAAAGGUUUCAGUAUUGUUUUGAAAAAGAGAGUUUUGAUAGCAUUUCUGAUUUUAUUACUUACUAUGUAGGUAGUAAAUGUCCUUUAUCUGAAGCAUCUGGUGUGAUAAUCAGUCAUCCAGUAAAUCGUGUUAUGCCUUUAUCAUAUUAUGCUUCUCGUUAUGGGAUUCAGUGUCAAAUUCAUUAUGUAGCUAAAGCUCUGGAAAAUAUUCCUUCAUCACCUGAUCAUCAAAAUAAUAAUUCCAUUCCUAAAGUGUCAUUGGUUGAGAUAAGUCCAGCAAAUAUAUCAAGAUCUAACUAUCUGCAACAAUCAGAAGAAGAUAAACUUACAGUUUCCAAUAACCAGUCAUCGGAAACUAAUAAAAUGAAACAUGCACUUCACCAAAAUAGUAAUUUAAUUAGAAUGGGUAGUGAUCCCAUGCUUAGUCCUAACACUGAAAGGCGAUCUUUAAAAAGACGACCAAACUCUGGCUUAUUCAGCUCUGAAACACUGUCAGCUGUAGUAAUGACCACAGAAGAUAAACCUCCUCCUAAACCUAGUAGAGUGCCAUCUAAGAAAUAUGCCCAAAGACCACUUGUUGUGAAAAAGGAAAGAAAAUUAUCUGAUUUUGAUGAUAAUGAUAGUUCUGCUCCCAAUUAUAUUCCAGUUCCCAGUGUCUCUCCAACUCAUGCUGACUUCCAAAGACAGAUUUCUGAAACUCGUUUUUCGUUUUUGGAUAGACCAAGUUUUUCGAGUGAAAGUUCAACACCUGAUGUGGAAUCCACUUCCAAAUACUUCACAAUGCCAAAGAUCAGUAAUAUAUCUACAUUCAAUCCCCAACAUUUUCGAACCUCACUUUUAUCUUCUGAAAAUCCACCUUUAGAAGGUGUUGUUUUAUCCAGGUUGAGACAAAUUCUUCUAUGUUCUGCUCCCAAAACAAUAGCAUUCCAUUUAACUAGAAUGGAUCUUGAAGUUGCCAAGCAUUUUGAAGGUAUUGACUUGGGUCUUGGUGUUAGCAGUGGAUUAGAACUCAUUUUAUUGCCACAAGGUGAACAGAUGCAAAAAGAUUUAAUAGAAAGGACAGAAUGUAUGAAAUUGUUUGUUGCAGUUUUAAUUUUGACUAGUCCUGAUGAAGAUGAAAGAAUGAAAAUACUAAAUAGAUGGAUCGAAAUUGCUAUUGAAACCAAAACUACAUUAGGGAAUUAUUACGGAUUCACUUCUAUAAUGUUGGGUCUCACCUUACCAGAGAUUCUUGGUCUUCAAUCAACUUGGCUUGCUUUAAGGCAUUCUCAUACUGAAAUUGCUUUCAUGUUUGAAACAAAGUUAAGGCCUACUCUCAAAGCUCUUCAAAAUGGUUCUGGAUUAGAAGCACCUAAUACAUGCUUACCAUAUAUUUUGUCACUUAUUUUGAUUUUACAAAAACACAUAUCUGUGAUGAGUUCUGUGGAAAAAGAUGUUGAUUCAGUUUGCAAUGAUAUUGUUAAUUUUGCUUUGCCAGGAAAUAAUUCCGCAGGUGAUUUUGGACUGCAACUUUUAGCUGAUCAUUUAGAGAAUGGUCGAAACAUUCUGCAACAAGUUCCUGUUUUCAAAAAGAAUGGAGAAAUGUCAUUACGAUCUAUAAAAUUUCAAGAUGUGAUUUUAGAUGUUUUUAACACAGAAUUUCAUUUACGAUUGUUGUGGGGUUAUAGAGGCUCAGUCGUGGGUUCUGAACAAAGACAUACAAUAUUUCAAAAAGUUGUUAAUUCACUUUAUAACAGAUGUAUUGCUACUGAGAAUUAAGUUAUACAUCUGUCUUUUAUUUUUUUAGGCUUGUGUUUCAUAUUUGAUAUAGAAGCUAAUGUCUGGACCAAAUAAAUAAAUCGAAAGUAGUAAAUAUUUUUAUGACAUAUGUUAAUUGUGAUACUUUAACUAAAAGUCAUUGUUUAUUUUUAUAGCAUUUUAUAUACUAUCUGAGCCAAUAUAAGUUUGAUUAAUAAUGAAAUUGUAAAAUAUUAUUUUGCUUUUAAUGUUUUCUUAGAAAGGAUUAAUUAUUUUAUAAAUAAAUAAUUAAAUGGCUUGAAAAUGACUAUGCCAAAAAAAUUGUAAUUUUCCCCCCAUUGUAAUUUUUAUUUUAUUUUUUAGAAAAUUCAAUUUUUUUUUCCGCAUUAAAUAUUUAAUAUAAAUUCCUAUUUGCUAAUGUGUUUUUCUGCUUAGAAUUGCAAUAAACCAAUAUUCAGUAAUCCAAAGUUUAAACAUUAAGUUCCUGGGGGGGGGGUUGCAUUAAACUAAAAAUAUCUAGUUUACCAAAAAGGAGACGGGGGAGGGAUUGCUAGUCAGUGAUAUUUUGUUUAAACGAGCUUAGAAUAUGACAUUUUUAUUGAAUAAUUGAUCUUUACAAAUACAAAUUUUAUUAGAUUUUAAGGUUGCUUGAAAA